UUGGCUACGACAAGACUUUGCACGUUCGUUCUAAAGCUAAGAAUCAGUGCGACGAUAACCGUGUUCGCGUUUAGAUGAAAAAAAUUGAAUUUAAAUUAAAAAAAAAUAAAUAAAAUGUUUAGAAGUGCUGAUUCUUCACCUGCUUACCGUGAAUUAUCACCAACAAGUCCAGGUUCUUAUCAAAGUUGUUCACCAAAUCGUCUAAUGGACUUAACAAACGCAAACGAAGUUAUGGUUGACACAAGACACGAUUUACAAUAUUCUUAUGGUUAUAACACUUACCAAGAAAUUUAUCAAAACCAGUACCACCAUCAACCCGAAGCAUUUCGAAUAAAAGUCGAGUUGGAUGAUGAACCCAUCAUGAAAACGAGGGCCGUCGGUGGUAGGAAAAGAAAGUCGCAAACGUUUUCAUCCGAUGACGAAAAUUCUUGCCAAAGCGUAAAAUCGAAGACGCGAAGGAAAUCUCCCCAAAGUUUCGAAGAAAUACAAAAUCAGAGGUUAAUGGCGAACGUAAGGGAACGACAACGCACGCAAAGUUUAAACGAAGCUUUCGCUAGUUUAAGAAAGUGCAUUCCAACUUUGCCUUCAGAUAAAUUAUCAAAAAUUCAAACAUUAAAGCUCGCCGCCCGUUACAUUGAUUUUUUGUACCAUAUUUUAUCAAACUCAACCCCGGAUAAUCAAGGUGAAGGUGACACGAUCGGCAAUGUUUGUUCUUACACCGCACACGAAAAAUUAAGCAGGGCUUUUAGUGUGUGGAGAAUGGAAGGUGAUUGGAAUACACAUGCGUGAAAUAUAGAUAAUUUGUAUACAAUAAAUAAAAGAGACAAUAAUAUUAUUUAAAGAGCAAAAAAGAAUGUGGUUUAGUUGAUGAUACUGGAAGUUAUUUGUUACUGUGAUACAAUUUUCGUUAAUAUUUCCAUUAUGUAUAUUAUUUGUACGUAUAAGUUUAGUUUUUUUUCUUUGGUAUUAUUAUUAUUAUAGUUAUUGUAUAAUCA